ACAGCCUGAACACAGGACAGCAAGAACAGACACAAGCUAUAGCAAGGAUAGUAAUAACUCUUCGAGCACUUGCUUGUCGUAGACACAGUGUAAAGUGCAAGUGCUUUUCGGGAAUGUUUAGUCUGUGAGGGGCUUAAGUGUUUGACCAAAUCCAACAGUUCAGACUAUUUAUUGGAAAGUGGGGUUUGUUGCAGAGAAGUCACACAUACAAGGUUGGAUUGAGCAAAAGAAUCUUCUAGUCAUUCAGUCAAGGAACGAUGGGCCUAAAUAAAUUCAGCAGCGCUAUAGAUUGAAAUGAAAUUGUAGGAAAUAAAAGCUAGACUAGGAAGGCUCCAUAAGAACAGCAUACUAAGGGGCUGACCAGUUGGUGUUGCUGGGAUAAGCAUCCAGAUUAUGCCAUGCGCAUGUCAUUCUAGGGAAGGGGUGCCCACUGGUCAACAGCCUGAGCCUGGGAUGUCUCUGGUACACAGAUUUUCAACAGGCUGAAAGCUCUACAGGGACUUGGAGCCUGAAUAAGUCGUCUCCUGCUGCAGAUGAGAUGGAACCAAUGAAGCAGGAAGAUAACAGACCUGCUUUUUCCAUGAUGACAAAGGCCCAGUAGAGAGGGAGAAGAGAUCGUGCAAAAGAAAGAGGAUGAAGGCAAGGCUGACAAACUCAGAAGAACAGUGUUGACCUGAGAGGGCUGAAUAAGACCAGAAUUCCCUGCUGCCCGAUACUGUCACAGGCAGGACGGAAGGGAACUGAGGAGCCUAAUCCCAGGGCGGACACAAUGCGGUGUUCCAUCAAGCAUUGCUUCAGAAUCUCUAUGCUCUUCAUAUUCCUGUGGCUCUUCACCAUCCUGAAAGUCCUUGAGGAAAAUGAAGACGUCAAAAAUGUGGUGAACAACCAUGGCAGUAAGAACAGCUCCAAAUCACUAGGUGAUUGGCAGAGCAUCACCUCCAAGUAUCUGAAAGAAAUCCACCAGAGAAGAAAGACAUGGCUGACAGUGGGGAUCACCUCGGAGUCACGAGAGGGUCAAAAUGGCCUCUUGGAUACACUGGCUUCCCUGUACCAUGCCUCCUCCACAUCUGAGCAGAGACAAAUGACAGUGCUGGUCCACCUAGCCGACUCUGAUCCCACCUGGCUCAGGAGAACAAUCUUCCAUAUUUCAAGUCUUUACCAGUCCCAGAUCUUGACAGGGCAAUUACUAGUGAUCCAUGCCCCGCCUGAUGCCUACCCCACUGUGAAUAAUGUCCAGAAUGAGAUCUCUCAGGAGCAGAUCUACUCCAAGCAGAAUGUAGAUCAUGCUUUCCUUAUGAGCUUUGCCACAAAGCUCUCCACUUAUUUCCUGUUGAUAGAGGACAAUGUCUUUUGUGCUCCCAAUUUUGUCAGCCAUAUUCGCUCGAAGGUGAACUACAGGAAGCCCAGCACAUGGGUGCUCCUAGAGUUCUCUAAUAUGGGCAUCCUGGGCAAACUUCUCCACAGCAGGGACCUUCCACUCCUGGCCCACUUCCUCCUCCUCUUCCACAAGGAGCGACCUCUCGACUGGCUGAUCUUCCAUUUCCGUACCCUCCUGGCCCAGCAAAGUCCAAUCCUCUGCAGACCAUUUCUCUUUUACCACAGGUUGACUCACUUCACUUUUGAGAACAAGACUUUAACAGGCCACGAAGAGGAUCUUCCUGAUCCGUAUACCCUCACUGGAACUGUCUACACGGAUAUGAGUUUCUCUGAUGUCCAUUCCCCGCAGGAGGCCUACACUCUGGAUGAGUCAUUCUUUUGGUCCUACAGUAUCAGUUCAGGGAACUAUUUGAUAGUGAUCUUGAACAAUCCAGCGAACCUCAACAGAGUGCAGGUAAGAACAGGCUCCAUCAUGGAUGGAAAGUACAUCCUAGAAAAAGGACAGGUGGAGCUAGGCUAUGAGCCUGAAGGAAUACCCCCGAAAUGUACCAGCUUCACCCUGCUGGGCCGUCUUGUGCAAGGACAGAUGGAUCAGCUCAUUCUGAAAAGUGUUGGGUAUGAAGUAAGCUGCGUGAAGCUGGCAGUGAAUGCUAAUCAGGUUGGUGGUCUCAUGAUCAGGCAUAUCUACAUCUGGGGGGAAAAUUCCAGAAACAUAAAAGAUGACCAAGAAGAUGAUGAGAGUUGAUGUAUCCACGCAUGAACAAUUAAAAGCUCAAACCAGUUCAUCUAA